CAUUGCCAAAGUUUCCGGUAGUAAAUAUUGACUGUAAAAGUUUGCACAAUAAAAGCGAUUCGUAGCGACGAAUCACAUGGUUCAUUUAAUUUAUUUUUAUUUAAUGUACACAAUGCAAUAUAGAACUUUGCAAUGAUGGCUGAUAUAUGUGCCUUUUGAUUUCGAGUAUGCAUUUGACCUUCGUUUACUUUGGCUUUAGUAUAAUCUUCCUAGUGUCAUUUGCGAACGGACUAACAUGUGGAUCAUUCCAAUGUGUCGAGAAGCGUAAGGCAAGCGAACCAUAUUGCUGUACAAUGGAUGACGCCAACGUGCCGUGUUGUUGUAGCCAAGUUGGAGACGUGCUGGAUGUUCGUUGUCCCGAAAGCGGACUGACCACGCCCCGACCAAGCAGUGGGGUGAACCGUCCACAACCCGCCCUCCCCAUAGCAGUUCUCCUCACAUUUCGACUAGCCACACUGUGUCUGGAAUGAUCACUAUGUUUGACAUAUAUUAUUUAUCAAUUGUACAGACGUUUUGUUUUUCAUAAAACUAAAUUCACAA